AACUUGUUCGCUUUCAGACGUGUAUUAUGCUGUUUGAUUAAAAUCAAAAGAGAAUAACCCAAGAUCUCCAAAUUUUUUUUACCUGAAUUGUUUUGAAAUAUUGAAAAACAUCUUCAUUGAAGAUACUGUACUGAAGUGUGCAGUCUGUUUAAUCUGCAUCUGAAGAGUAGUUCCGAGCAUGCGGACAUCGAAACAUCAUUGUAAAAUGCGAUGAAAGCUCUACAAAGUCGAAUCUUGUUCAGUAUGUCGACCCCUAAGAUGAUUUUGACAGACAAAAAGUACUUCUAUACAGCAGAGGAUUUCCAUUGGUCCAAACUGUGGUCGGGUACCGGGAAGGAGGCUUUAGAGCUGAGCAAGUUUGAUAAAGAGCUUCAGGAAUGCUGGGAUGCUGCAUUAGAGGCUGGUUCAUUUGCUUACAAACUGCAUCAUGUGGAAGGCAGAAUUGUACCUGGUAAAUAUGGAGUAUUUGUCCAGUUGAAUGAGAUGAGAUUUAACAAGAGAAGAAAACCUGAAACAAUAAACAGUAUCUCUCAACCUUUUAAUCACGACAAAUUCAACUUCACAAAAGUACACAGAAAAGAGGUAUUGUUUGCACUUUGUCCAGAGGACUUUCCAAGAGAAACUACAGCAGAAGAUGAACAACAUCUUAUGAUAAUAAAUGUGAGUCCUAUGGAGUAUGGUCAUUGUCUGUUGAUCCCAAGUGUCUGGUCGUGUCUACCACAGGUGCUCACUGAGGAUGCAUUGCUACUUGCUCUUGAGAUAUCCAUGCUUAGUAAUCACAGAGGAUUUCAUGUUGGAUUUAACAGUCUGUGUGCACAUGCAUCAGUAAAUCAUUUACAUUUCCAUACCUGGUACAGUGAACACCCAUCCUAUCUUGAAACAGCUGAUGUCAGCCUUGUUUGCGGAAACGUUUUCGAAGUCAAGGAUUAUCCAACAACGGCGUUCGUCUUUGAGCUGGCCCCAGGGACUGAUGUGGGCCUUGUUGCACGCACAAUACACAAAGUUUCGUCAUAUUUUAUUCAAGAGGAGGUUGCACAUAACCUGCACAUAAUUCGAGGCGCAAGAUGCCGUCCUAGCAAUCAAAGGAAUGGAAUUACGCAAGGCGACCGCGAUGUGUGUUCAGUUCUCAGAGUAUUCCUCUGGCCAAGGAACCCUGUCCAUGGUGCAAAGGAAUUGAGUUCUUACGAGUCUGAAAAGCGACCUAUCGCUGUCUACGAGUUUGCUGGUUCUUUGGCAAUAGAAACAAGGAAAACCUACGAAUCAUUUACCGAAGAGAAGUUUGUGGAAUACAUGGCACGAGCAACUUUACCAGAGGAAGAGUUUAUCACGCACAGAGAGGCGAUACGAGAAUUAUUGCAAACAUAGAGUGGCUUAAUCAUUGUUUGCUGAUUGUUAAAAUUAAAUCUUGGGCCUUGUAAAUUCUAUCUGUAUAAUUGUAAAUAAUAAAAUGACUUAUUUUAUU